UUGAACUUGUUUAACCUGUUAUUUGUCAUGCCUGAACCGGCUAAAUCUGCUCCGGCCCCGAAGAAGGGCUCCAAGAAGGCGGUGACCAAGGCUCAGAAAAAGGACGGCAAGAAGCGCAAGCGCAGCCGUAAGGAGAGCUACUCUAUCUACGUGUACAAGGUGCUGAAGCAAGUCCACCCGGACACCGGCAUCUCGUCCAAGGCCAUGGGUAUCAUGAACUCCUUUGUAAACGACAUUUUCGAGCGCAUCGCGGGCGAGGCAUCUCGCCUGGCGCAUUACAACAAGCGCUCGACCAUCACAUCCAGGGAGAUCCAGACGGCCGUGCGCCUGCUGCUGCCUGGGGAGCUGGCCAAGCACGCGGUGUCUGAGGGCACCAAGGCUGUCACCAAGUACACUAGUGCCAAGUAAGCUGAGUCGGUUGCAAACGAUUCUAACGGCUCUUUUAAGAGC